CUUGAGGAGCUCUAUCAACCCUUCCCACCCCCAUCAUCUGUGCCUUGGCCCCUCCCCCGACUCAUAGCUCUUCAGUCGCCGCAGCGCCGCUCAUCCGCCAACCCGCACCUAUGUUGGCACAGCGGAGGUCGUCAUCGCCCUUGUCAUCGGCCUCGCCGUCGCCACUGCAGCUCCCGACAGAGAGCACAGUACCGCUAACGGCGCUCAAUCUCCCGACAGCCGCCGCGGACGAGGACGGCAUUGUGGGCGGCAGCAGCCCUACCACAUUAACGGAGCCGCUCACGGAGAGUGAGCUCACAGAGGACGAGGAGGAAAUGGACGAGCACAAUCCCGUUCCGGAAGACGAUGCGCUGGACGCGCUAUCGGACAUUGGCGAUGACGACGAGGCUGAUGGCAACUUGCAGGCGUUAGCUGACAGGCGACGCUCUCCCGACGGUUCCUCACUUUCUCCAUCUCCAUCCCUCACUCCACCACCCCCCUCUGACCCACCGCACCCUCAAGCGCUUCCGUCCUCUCCACAUGCGCAGGCGGACGGCAAUGACGAUACACCCGUAGUCAAGCUCGACGACGACGAUGAAGACGACGCUCUUCUUGCAGACGACGAAGCAGUUGAAGAACACGGCGCCCACAAGGCUGAUCUUGACCCCGACAGUGGGGAUGAGGAGCUGACCCCUGAAGCAGAGGAAGGCGAUGGCGACAUCACCAUGCGCGCAGAAGACGCCGCAGAGGUCGCUGCCGCUGGGAACGGGGACGCGACAGAUGCCCAGGACAGCCCAGUGAAGCAUGAGGCGGGAGAUGAUGGUGAUGUCGAGCUGGAGGAAGAGCCAGCCGAAGCCGAGGCUCAGGCUGAAGAACCACAAGAAGAAGCAGAGGAAGAGGCCGAGGCCGAUGCUGAGGAAGAGGCGGACGAGACAGACGCGCCGGACACCGGGGCUGUACAGUCUCGAACAGGCCACUCGUCGCACGCGCCGCUCCCAACGCCAGCAGCUAUCCGCGCGCUGUUCGCGCUGGAGGUCAAGUUUGCCGCAUUGCGCGACCGGCUCUACGUCGAGCGAUUGGAAGAAGCAGCGCGCGAGGAGGAGAUGAUUUUGAAUGGAACACAUCCGGCUCUCAUCCACCUGAACAAGACAUUACAAACGCGACGCGAGCGGCUGCAUGAAGUAGCCUCACGGAGGCACCAAGCAACGAUCAACGAUCUAGGCACCUGGCGCAAGAUCGAGGACAAGAUUUCCUGGUCGACGUGGACAGAUCAACGAGACCAGCUUCACUGGGACGAGUUUGAGUCAACCUGGAGCAAGCGCCGCCGGCUUGCGCGCGAGAAGAACGAGUUGGAGACACCUAAAGUUUACCGACCGGUCCCGCGCGUUGACCGGCCGCCGAAGCCAUUUGACUGGUCUGCUGGCGCAGUGCCGCCAAAGCUGUCGACGGAAGAUGCGUUACAGGAUCUCAAGCUCAUGGACGUACGUGCCAUGAGUUGAAUGAGCUAACGGCAGGCACGAAGGCAGCAACAGCAGCAGCAACAGGCUGCCUUUCGCCACGCGUCGCCGAUGUAUGGAUCUUACGCCCAAUC